CAGCCGCCUGCAGCGAGGUAGGGGCUGGCUACAACUAUCUUUCGUGGCUAAUGAAGAAGGGGAGAAAACAGAAAGGAUAAAAAGAACCGGCCCACGGACGGCUGCUGAGGAGGGAGGCGGCACCACUACCCGCAGUGCCACCCUCGCUGCGCUGCCUCCGGCGCGGCCGGGCCGGGCCCAGCGGGGCCGCCCCUCAGCCCUUCCUAACGCGGCAGGGCUGGCCGGGCGCCUUAUGUAAGGGCAGAGGCGGGGCCGGCACAGCUGCGGGGGCGGCGGCGGCAGCAGCGCCAUGUCCUGGUACCGCAACACGGUGUGGUUCGUGAAGGGGCUGCGGGAGUACACGAGUUUCUCACAGGUGUCUCAUGGUUUGUUCAGAGGUGGUUACGAGUCUGCUUCCAAGCGCUUCAACCCGGCUGAUGUGGAGGUGGAUGUGGCUGGAAGAUCCUUCCUGGUCACUGGUGCAAACAGUGGCAUUGGCAAGGCCACGGCCAAGGAGAUAGCGAGGAGAGGUGGCACGGUUCAUCUGGUUUGCCGAAAUAAGGAACGGGCUGAAGUUGCCAAGGAAGAAAUAGUGACAGAAACGGGCAAUCAGAAUAUCUUCUUGCACAUUGUGGAUCUAUCUAAUCCCAAGGAAAUAUGGAAGUUUGCUGAAAAAUUCCAAAAUGAACACAAAUUAAAUGUGUUGAUCAACAAUGCGGGAUGUAUGGUGAAUAACAGAGAGUUAACUGAAGAUGGACUUGAAAAAAACUUUGCAACAAACACUUUGGGUACAUACAUCAUGACAACUGCCCUGGUGCCCCUCCUGGAAAAAGCAGCUGAUGCCAGAGUGAUAACUGUCUCUUCUGGGGGCAUGCUAGUUCAAAAAUUAAACGUAUCUGACUUGCAGUCGGGAAAUGGGCCAUUUGAUGGAACUAUGGUGUAUGCACAGAACAAGAGACAGCAAGUUGUCCUGACAGAACAGUGGGCAAAGGCUCACAGAAACAUCCAUUUCUCCGUGAUGCACCCCGGCUGGGCAGACACUCCAGCUGUGAGGUCGUCCAUGCCCGAUUUCUACGAGAGGAUGAAGAACUCGCUGCGCACAGAGGCCCAGGGGGCUGACACCGUCCUGUGGUUGGCCGUGUCGGCUGAGGCAACAAAGCUGCCCAGCGGCUUGUUCUUCCAAGACAGGCAACCAGUCCCUACACACCUGCCCCUAGCAUACACCCACAGUCCACCAGAGGAUGAAAAGAAACUAAUGGAGGUGCUGGAAGAGUUCUCCCAGAAGUUUAAAGCAGCUUCUGCAGGAAUUUAGUGUCUCUGCUGACACAGUGUCACCACAGAUCUUCUAAUUACAGACUAACCUGCUGCUGAGGAUGCCACAGGCCUGGUAAAAAUGAAUUAGGUUCAGGUGUUCUCAUAAUGAGGCGGUAGAGUGGCACCUGUGUCAUUUUUUUCUGCUGCCAAGUCUCUCCCCAUUGUCACUAUGCAGCUGCUGCCUAAAGACACUCUAGGGUUGUGUUCUUUGGAUUGGAAGAAAAAUUGGGAAGCAUUAAAUAAACCCUAAGGCUUUGUAAAGUUACUUAGAAUAAUUUAGAACACUCAGCAUUAAAGAAAUGCAGAGGAGUGUACUUUCAGUAGCCUUCAUGAAGGACUUCAGGAAAGAAGUGGGACUGUUUUAAACAACUUUUAACUGCUGUAUUUGACAGGUUGGUGGCUUCCUUCACUGCAUGAGGAUGGUUGGGCUCAACCAUGUAACUGGGAAGGCAGAAACUCUCUUGCAGAACCUGCUUAAUUUAAAGGGAAGGAUUCCUAACGGCUUUCAGUUUCUAUAAAUUAGUGCUGGUAUGCAGAAGUGAUCUGCUUCCUCAUGUUUAAACAGCAAGAAUUCAGGAACACUGCCAAAUGCCUUCCACAUUACUUUAUGGCGCCAGGGCUGAAUAUUAUCCCACUUAUGUCAAAAUACCAUGAAGUAGGAGGUUUCAACACAACACACCCAGACAUGGCUGGAUCCAGCAGAGAAAUGGCUGCAUGACUGUAGGCAUAAAAAGAAGCAACAUGCUAAGUUGUACUUGCUUGCCAUUUCUGAGAGAGAUUAAAGGGAAUUGUUUUAUCAUUAUGAAUGGGUUAAGAGGGGAAGGGAACACUGAUAGGGCACAGGCUUUAGAGGAGAAUUCACCUCCUCAUGAGAGGCUUGUAUUUUAUCUGGAUCUGUUUACUUCCAGACAGAGAGGACAGGAUUAAUCUUACCUGCUCUGUGGACAUUUGAAUGAUUGACUUUCUCACUGUAAAUCGAUAGAGGGAAAAAUGGGCUUUUUCACAGAGAUUUACUGGAUCUACACACCUAGCACCUACAGUGCUGCAUCUUUCUAAUAGUGCUGAAGACAAUCAGCUCAGACUAAGAUAUUCUGGUGGGACUCAUUUUGUCUUAAUUAUUUCAGAUUUACUGCAAAGCCAAGACUGUUAUUAACAAACGUAACACCUUUUCUCCUGAACUGAGUGUGUUUAUUAACCAACUGCUUCCAGAACCCAGCCAAGUUGCUGCACUGUUUCACAUGUGGCUCACACCAGUGUGGUAGGACCAAGGACGUAAACUCAAAUAUAACACAGAUGUUCUUGAGCUCUCUGCAGCGAAUUGCAGCUAAAGACUGCUGAUGGACAGAGGAGAGAGAUGCUUAUGCCUGCUUUACAUAAUUUAGUUUCCUCCUGGCUGAUGGUAUUUCCUCAUUAUUCAAAGAUCUAAUAAGUAUCAGUUUAAGAAAAAACUGCUUUUUUCAGCAUGUUGUCAAUCUCCUUGGAAAUAAAGACUUUACUGUCAGAGAGGUGCUGAGAAAAAUUCUCCCACUAUAAGCAGUGCUGAGACAAGUCAGGCUGUCAUAGCUCCUCCUGCAGAGGCUGGGUCAGCAUUCAAACUAUUGCCUCAUUUACAAACUUAACUCCUUGUACUACAGUGAAAGAAAACAAAAGCAAAGCUUGUACAGAGGUUUAUUUCCUGCAAAUAUGCUAUUAACAUUUUCUGUGGUUUCAACUUAAAUACAGUUACCCAAAACAAGAGCAUGGCUGGAAGCAUAUAUAGUAACUACAUUUCUUAACCCAACAGCUGCAAGGCUAAUGAAAACAUUUGCAUUAUUUAGUAUUUACAUCCAUUUGCUCCCAGCUCAGCAGUACAGAAGAAAAGUCUAAUGACUGGUAUUUAAAUAGUUCAUAAAAGUAAAAACUGCACUAUAUAUGCAUAUAUUUAACAUAUUUCAGGCCACAUUCUGCACUAGUGUAUUUGAAUAGCCGGUAUUUUUCAUUUUGUGUCACAACUUAAAAAUGAAGCCAAAGUUAAGAAAACUGCUUUAAUCAAAGUUUGAUCACAGUGUCAAAGAGCAACAUGCUAUGGUUUAAGAGCACUUGUGAUUUAAAAAGAACUAAACCAUAGGAACAGCAACUAGGAACAAAAGGCCAGAGUCUCACACACUUUGGUACUAUGUCCUGCUGAUGCUUUAUUUCAGCCUGAUUCCACGAGAGCAAACAUGGCAUGUGGCUGCAAGCCAGCGAGAGGCUUUGUGUUAGUGCAAGCCAGAAUGACUUUGCACCUUCAUGUUAGUGAAUGCAUUUACAGACUCAUGGAUCUGCUGAGUCAGAAGGGACCCACAAGGAGCAUGGAGUCCAACUCCUGGCCCUGCACAGGCCACCCCAAGAGUCACACCAUGUGCCUGAGAGCACUGUCCAAAUUGAACUCUGUCAGGCUGGUGCUCUGACCACUGCCCUGGGGCGCAGUGCCCAACCACUCUCUGGGAGAAGAACCUUUGUGUAAUAUCCAACCUAAACCUCCCCUGACACAGCCUCAGGCCAUUCUUUUGGGCCCUGGCACUGGUCACCACAGAGAAGAGAUCAGUGCCUGCCCCUCUUCCCCUCACAAGGAAGUUGUAGAUUGUGAUUUCCCCCAAGUCUCCACUUUUAAAACUUUAUGAGCAAAAUAAAAAUAGCAUACAAUGACAGAUGACCAGAAAAUGAAGGUGGCACAACUCCUUGCUAAGCAUUGCACACUGAGAGUCUGAGAACCCACCUGGUCCAUGGGAAUGGAAUGACAAGCACAGCAGCUGCUCUUGCCACCCUUUCCUGUCCAUGCACAGCCCAACACUUCUUGUGACAGCUUUGAGGCUUUCAUGACACUGACCUCACUCCGAUGGCUUCACAUUUUUCUUCAUUUUGUGAAGUCAUGUAGUUGGGACAUUUUUGCUCUCAGGGAUCUUGCACAGGAAUGUAGCACCACAGGGCACAUGUGGAGUUGGUCAUUUCCAUAUCUCCUAAUGGAAAGGCAAAGCCCAUCAUCAGUGCAGCAGGACUGACUGCAGUGAUGCAGGGGCCAAUGCAACUUCUCCUUUUGUCUUGGAUGAAGAUUUUAGGAGGUCAAUGUAAUAGGUACCAAACAGUUUUGUAAACUGCAUUUUGUUUUAAGUUUCAUUUCUGGGUCAUCUUUAUUCAUUGUUUAAAAAUAAACCCAAAUAAACUAAAUCAACCUGCUGCUGACUAAA